AUGGGAGACACUCAAUCCACAAUUAAGACAUUGAGAGAAUUGAAUUCUGAUCUUGUUCACCAGAUCGCUGAACUUAGAAAGAAGUUUGCUGAGUCGAGGCUGAGAAUAUCGAGGUUAAAGCUGAGAAUGCAAAGGAAAUCAAGGAGCAGAAUUUGCAAGACAAGGAUGUUGAGCCAGCUAAAGAUCGAGAACCAACCUAAUGAGGAGGAAGCUAUUACUCUCAAUCCUAUGCCCGAAAUAGAACAUAGCUCAAUCCAAUCCGAGGAAUCAAAGAUUAGAGGCUUUGCCUCAUCACGAAUAACCUUUCCAUCCAUCGAAAACCACUCCGAUAAAAAAACUCCAAUACAUUGUGAAACAAAUGAUUCUGAUAUAUACCAAACUAUUUGCACGGAGCCUGUUGCAGAGCAACACCAUUACCAUGGCAAAUCAUUGGAAGAUAUAGAGAUCGAUGAAUUCCUAGAUUCAGAGGAUAAGAAAAGGGAGGCAGACUCGAUUUCCCAGAAUACUGCGUCUACUACUUCCCGUGAGCGGAAAAACGAACAGGGCUUGAUUCGAGAAAUGAUUUUAUCUAAAGAAGAAAAGCAUGUGACUGAAAUUUCAGCGAACUUGGUUCGCCAAAAUAAUGAGACUUCAAUAACUCCAUCUAUUCCAGCCGUGUCCCAGUUGUCACCAGAUAAUAGAGAUAUUAUUAGUCUAUAUAAAAACGCAUGUGAUGCCGAAAUUGGUGCGAUCGAAGCCAAUAGAGAAGAAACAUUGCGUUGGUGUUUCUAUGCUAGAGAAUUCAAAAGCAUGUAUAAAGAUUUUAUGGUCAGCAAUAAAGUUGGAGAAAAGAACGCGAAAGGUCAAGUAUAUGAUUUUAUCAUCAAACAACUACCCGUCACCAAGCGCAAAACUUUAUGUAAGCAGACACAAAAAGCUUUAAGAAUUGAUAAUUUAUUCGAAAAAAUAGGAAUUGACAAGAUUCAAUAUAUCAAAACAUAUAGUGCGGAUACUAUUUCAAAAUUUACUAAUUCUCAGAUUCAAACGAUUAUAGAUCACUUCACCAAAAAGCCUGAUAUAGAAUAUACCGAUGAUAAGGACAAUUCUUCAGAUGAUUUACCCGAAGCUGA